CGAUUCGCGGCCCAGUUUGCGGGAAUUGUCCGACUUGCGGUGAACCCAGGAACAAUACCAGCAGCGGUGAAAUUGAUAGUGAAGGAAGAAUAUCGGAAGGAAGGACUUUCAAAUUUGUGAAAUGUGUGUGUCUAGCUAUACAUUUGCGAAAUCAUGAUAACACUGUUUCGGAUUCUAACUUUUAUUACGAUUUUUUUAGGGAUUACACACAGCACACUCGCAAGACACACCUAUGGCAAUAAGAAAAUAGAACAACAAUAUUACCAUCUGAAUCCCAGUGGAAAGUCACCCUGCACAACAGAUACGUACUAUUUCGGGUAUCAUGUCGGCCCGAAAGGACAUUUUCAUCACGAGCGUCGUGGCCACGAUGGGGUAACAUACGGCUGUUACGGUUACAUCGACUCCAACAAACAACUGCAAGUGACGCAUUACGUCGCCGAUCGCCGUGGGUAUCGAGUGGUAGAUCCCAACAAACCAGUGCAGAUCUUCGUCACCAACAGGAUUGGGGAUUAUUCGGAUGAGCUGAACGAUUUCGAUUAUGGUUCGGAGGACGACGUUCGAUCCGAGAUACGACCGUGGCAUGAGUUACUACUGCCGAAAGGAUGUGGGCAACACACUGAAGAAACAACCACUCCAGGUGUAGAGAUUGUGGUGUUGACAACCACAGCUGCUACGUCAGAGGUUCGCGAAACAACGUUGGCGCCGGUUACAAUACCACCCUUGGAAGAUAGUAGCGAAAGUGCUGAAGAAAUUGCUACAGAGAUCCCCAUAGAAAAACUGCCAGAAUCAAUCACAGACACAGUGGAACUAUCAUUGCCAACAAUCGCAACGGAACCAUCACUGCCGCUUUUAACGCCAACCACAACAGAAGUUUUACUGCCGUCAUCAACAACUGCUGCCGAAGAAUCACUACCGCCAUCAACAGAGUCAUCACUGCCGUCUUUUGAAAUCACAAUAGAGCCAACACUGCCACCUCUAGAAACUACAGUAGAACCACAACCGCAGUUACCCAUUACUGUGGUACCGCCACUGCCACCAUCGCCGAUGACAACUACGGAACUUCCCCUACCAUCAUCUACAGCUAUCGCAGAAUCUUCACCGGAACCAUUAACAAGUACGAUUGGGCCAUCGCUGUCAGUGUCAACUGUUGCUGCCUAUGAUGAGCCUACAGAAAUUCACAUUAUAUAUCCAACCACCACGGAACUGUAUCCUGUUAUAUUUACCUCGUCAUUCGAAUCUAUGGUGGAGUACUCCACGGCACCAGCCGUGGAACCAAUGGAAUCACAAGAAGUAACCACCAUUGGUACUGUCGAAUCCAUCGACACGUCCACGUCUCUACCACCAAUCCUGUUUCCUUCGUCAACAGUGUCUCCAUCGUUGGCGGUUAGUUUGAACAUUACAAUCGGGGAGUCAACGGAAAUUCCCAUCGAAAGUCUCGUAUUGGAAGGUGAUUCCGUGGAUACAAUUCCGGCCGACUUCAGCUCGGCUGAGGUUGAUCAGGACACGGCCAUUAUCAUAGAGCAGCAGCUGCAGACCCAGCCUCAGACGAUAGAGAACCCACCAAUUUCACAACAGACGAAGUGUGCAACGCCGGCGAUAUAUUAUUUCAUUCCGUAUCCCCAUCGGGCACCACCAGGAGUUCCGGUGCUGCCCUGUGCCAACUGUACGUCGAACGCAGGCUAUCUUCUGCUAUCUCCGGUAAUUUAUGUACCAAGCGAGGCGGCCCAACAACUUGGGCUAGUACCGAAAUGUGGCGAGCUGCCGGGGAAUGAUAAUCUCAUAACUUAAAGUGUAUGAUGACGGUAACCUUUGGAACGGACAGGAUAUGUGAUAAAAAUUGAGGUUGGAACGGGAAUGCUUCAAACGUUUGUUCGCUAAGCUAUGAGUUACAGUGGAGAGUAUGAAUAAAGAGGUAGUGAAUACUAGGAAAUACAAUGAA